AUGUAUGUACCCAGUCAGCUGCUCGGGCGCCCACCACGUCAUCGUUAUCUGGAAACAGGAUCUUUCGUUUCAAGCGCUUCGGAGUUUCCAACGGCCACGUGGCUGUCCGAGUCUAUCGAGGCCAUUCUUGCCCCAGGCACCAAGCUCAAGUACAUCUUGUACACCCACAGUCAUUGGGAUCACAUCGGUACCGCCGGCCUGGUCUACGAGCACUUCGCGGAGGACAACCCUACGAUCAUCACCUCUAAGCGAAUCCGGGCCAAGCUUAAGGCCAGGGACGACCGCGGAGACCCCACCAGCAUCCACGGCAACAACCGGGGCGUCCCUAUCCCAGAGAAGCUGGACGAGGCUGACUACAGGGAGCUGCAAGUCGGAGGGCUGCGGUUCGAGGUGCAAAAACUACACGCUCAUGAGAGGGGAGACUUGGUCGUGUUCCUCGACAAGAACCUUCCUGCGAACGCAGCUGAAGGUAUCGACACGAGCGUUUUCUUUGUAGUCGACGUCAUCUUCCCAGGCUGGGUCCCUUUUUUCUCGGUGGCCGCGAGCUCGGAAAUCGGUGGCUACUACGACGCGAUGGACGAGAUUUUGAGCUACGACAUGGACGUCCUCGUUGGCGGGCACCUUUCUCGGAUGGGGACCAAGGCGGACGUGCAGCUCAACAAAGACUUCUAUGACGACGUUCUCGAAGGCGCAAGGACGGGUGUCACGACGGUUUCGGUGGCGGAUGUCAUUUCCGGCACCGGAGUGUUCGACCCUUCCAACCCUAACGCGGGCAACCUCUGGCUUCUCAACAACGAGCUCAUCGACCGGAACGUGGACGUGUGCGAGGCCUACGUGCUGGACUCCGUAUCUCGCGGUCGAGACUGGCUUGCCGAAAUGGGCGGUUUGGACGUCACGCUCCGCUCGCAGACUACAGUUUGGAAGAUGAGCAACGCGUUUCCUGAGCAUUAA